GUAUGUCUGUGUAGUUAUGCUUCGGCUCCAGGAAUAUAAGUCUCAUCUCUGUCUCACCGCGCUCUGUUUUCCGCCUCUUUUCCACCAUCCACUGCACUUUUGCUGCUCUUCCUUCUGUUGGAGAAGACGCUGAGGAACGCUGGCUGUGCGUCAUGGUGCGUCUUGGCGCAUUAUUUCUGGAUCUUUAACAAAAAAGAGUUAGUGUUUUUUUUGGUUCUUUUUGCUUGGACAACAUCAUGAAGCGAGUUUUAAGUGUGGUUGUGGGCAGAGGGAGCGUUUUGCAGCCUGUGUCUGUCUCUGGGUGUUUGGCUGCAGCUGCCGGUGAUCUGCAUGAAGCCACUGAAUAAAUUGACGCUCUCUAUACGGAAAAAGGGGGGUUGCAGUAGGCGGCUUUUUCUCCCUCUAAGUCUCCUCUGGUUCUGACAAUGUGCCAAGUCCAGCCACCACCACACAAGAGCCUGGUGAUUUGCGGUGGUGUCACUUUUCUUCCUUUCAAGGAUUGACCUUUUUUGGGACGGAUUUUGUAUUUCAGAGUGAAGGGCAAUGGAGAGAUUUGCGCACGUCUGGUGCGUCACGGUCCCUUUUUAACACCAGAUCACAGCGGUGCGCUUGUUUUCUGCGCCCGUGUGCUUGUGUCUGUAAGUGUUUUUGUGUGUGUAUGUGAGAGAGAGCGCGCCUCUACCUCUUCGUACCCCCUCUCUCUCUACUGUGAGAACACCCCCGAUUUGUUUCCUCUCCAUCUGAGCCUAACACUGCAAAGUUAAAUGCUGGAUCUCUAUUUCAGCGACCAUUUUCGGCUGUAAAAAUGCUGAGCAGCGUCCUACUGCUGAGCGUCCUCACGGUCACUAGCCUGUCACGUUCUGAAACAGGGAGCCGCAAAACUUCAGCCUCCAAAGACAUCUGCAAGACCCGCUGCGCCUGCGAGGAACGGGAGAACAUACUGAACAUCAACUGCGAGAAUAAAGGAUUUACCACCGUCAGUCAGUUCCAGGCGCCGGCAAACAAAAUCUCCCAUUUCUUUCUUAAUGGAAACUUCCUGUCACGUCUCGGUGCCAAUGAGUUUGUCAGUUAUGGCAAUGUCACCUCUCUGCAUCUGGGGAAUAAUGGAUUGCAGGAGAUCCGAACCGGGGCUUUUAACGGGCUUCGCUUUCUGAAGCGGCUCCAUUUGAACAACAACAACAUGGAGGUGAUUAAAGAGGACACCUUUGCAGGACUGGAGAGUUUGGAAUAUUUACAGGCAGACUAUAAUUACAUCAGCGCCAUAGAGCCUGGUGCUUUCAGUAAGCUGAAUAAACUCAAAGUAUUGAUCCUUAAUGAUAACCUGUUGUUGUCUUUGCCCCCUAAUAUUUUCCGCUUUGUGCUCCUUACCCACUUGGAUUUACGUGGCAACCGGCUUAAGAUGCUGCCAUUUGCCGGGGUCCUGGAGCACAUAGGCGGCAUCAUGGAGAUCCAGCUGGAGGAGAACCCCUGGAAUUGCACCUGUGAUCUAAUUCCUCUCAAAUCCUGGUUAGACACUAUCUCCGUCUUUGUUGGGGACAUAGUCUGUGAGACGCCGUUCAGGCUGCACGGUAAAGACAUCACCCAGCUCAUAAAGCAGGAUCUGUGCCCGCGCAGGAAUGCUGGCGAGCGUGUGCACCCCCCGUCUGACUCUCACUUUCAAGGAGCCCAUCCCCCGACAUACCAACCCGGCAUGGUCAUCCCCACCCGUGCCCCAAAAGCAUCCCGCCCACCAAAAAUGCGCUAUAGGCCCACCGCUCGCAUCUCAAAGGAUAAAAACUCCUUUGGGCCCAUAAUGGUUUACCAGACCCGCUCCCCUGUGCCCAUGCUGUGUCCCAGUGUGUGUGUGUGCACAUCACAAAACCCUGACAGCGGACUGAACAUUAACUGCCAGGAAAGGAAGCUGCACAACAUCAGUGAGCUCAACCCCAAGCCUUCCUACCCAAAGAAACUCCACCUGACUGGUAACUACUUGCAAGUCAUUUACAGAAACGAUCUGACUGAGUACAGCUCACUGGAGCUGCUCCAUUUAGGAAACAACAGGAUCGCAGUGAUUCAGGAGGGGGCAUUUGAGAAUCUGACAAACCUCAGACGUCUCUAUCUCAAUGGGAAUUACAUUGAAACACUUACUCAGUCUCUUUUUGCCGGUCUGCAGUCGCUCCAGUAUCUGUAUUUGGAAUACAACAUCAUCAAAGACAUUUUACCACAAACAUUCAAUGCUCUGCAUAACCUGCAGCUGCUGUUUCUCAACAACAAUCUAUUACGGUCGCUCCCUGACAACGUUUUUGGAGGAACCAUGUUAACAAGGCUCAACCUGCGGAAUAAUCAUUUCUCCUACCUUCCAGUUAAAGGUGUUCUGGACCAGCUCUCAGCCUUCAUACAGAUUGACCUGCAGGAGAACCCCUGGGACUGUACCUGCGAGAUUGUGGCGCUCAAAAACUGGAUGGAGCUGUCCAGUACCAGCGUGGUGGUCAACGAGAUCACAUGUGAUUCCCCCUCGAAGCACGCGGGUCGCCUGCUGCGCUCGCUUCGCAAUGAGGCCAUAUGCCCUGAGCCUAGUGAGGUGCCCCCACCACAAUAUGCCCCCCCUACAAAAAGCCCUACGUUAAUAAGCCCUGGCACUGAAGCCACCAGUCCCUCCUCUGCUUCUUCUUCCCCUUCUUUUAGUUCUGUCAGCCCCACUGAAUCCAGACUCCACACCCCUGACUUGCACCCCGAGGUCCCACUUUCAGUCCUGAUUCUUGGGCUUCUUGUUGUUUUCAUCCUUUCAGUAUGCUUUGGCGCAGGCCUCUUUGUUUUUGUUCUAAAACGGCGCAAAGGGGUAGAACACGUGCCCACAGGUGCCAACAACUUAGAUCUCAACUCUUUCCAAGUGCAAUAUGGUUCCUACACUCCAGAACCAACCCAAGACAAAACCUCUGAAACACACAUGUAUAAUUACAUCCCCCCACCUGUGGGCUCCAUGUGCCAAAACCCCAUUUACAUGCAGAAGGAUGGUGAGCAGGUGGCUUACUACCGCAAUCUGAAGGAGCUUAGCUUCGGGCCCCUGGAGGCAAAGAAGGAUGACGUCCUCACCCGCAGCCCAGGGACCUACACCAUCAGCACAGUGGAUUUUAUGGAUAAAUCACCGACAUCAUGUGUUUUGUCUCCAGAGCCCCAUGAGAUGCUGUAUCAAAACUUAGGGGAGAGGCAACAAGAGCUGCCCACAGCUGCAGGUGUACCUCCUUUCAAUUACAACUUUUGCACUUUACCUAAGAGACCUUGCAUCGUGCCCCCCUACGAGGUUGCUACAGCCCGGCGGCAUGUCACCAACCAGGACAGGUUGAACAAAACUGUGCUGUACGGGACCCCCAGGAAAUACUACGGGGCCGAUCACCCAUCCAGAAACAAUGAGCACCCACUUUUGCUCCCUGGGAAGCUAAAAACAGAACCAGACUACCUGGAGGUUCUGGAUAAACAGACUGCGAUGAGCCAACUGUAAGAUAGCAACAAGACCCCCCCCCAAUUCAUAAUAAUCAUGCAAUUACUCUAAUAAUAGCCCUCUCUAUAUAUCUAUCUUAUCUAUCCGUGUUCAAUCCGAAAGAUUGACUGGAAGUGAACUGAAGCCUUGAUGAUCUUUUUUCUCUCUUCCUUUUCUUCUCUAUUUUCGUUCAAAAUGUAUAAAAGGAGUAUAAGAAUUAUAUUAUUAUGCAGUUCUAUUUUUUCUCCUGGAAGGUAUAAAUUAUUUCUUCUUUCUGAAAAAUGAAGUUCUUAAAGACUUUGACGACAGCAGGUAUAUAAUAGGCAGGAGUGUGUACAAAUACGGCUUUGUGCUUUUCAUAAAACUGUAUUUUAUUUUUUCCCUGUUUAAAAAAAGAAAAAACUGAAAAAAGUAUGAAAUAAUUAUUCUUUGUAGAAGAGGAAAUGCUACAGAUCGACAUUCCUGUAUAUAGUUAGCACACACAGAUCAGACGUGAGUGUUAGACCUUAAAAGAAAAAUCUUUUUGAAAUCCAAUAAGCGGCAAAACCUUACAAUACUUACUCCAGAAAGUGCCUUUGCACUCAACUAUUUUACCAACUCUCUGCAAAAUGGAAAUGUUUCUUUUUUUCUGAAAGUGCUGUAUUUUAAAGAAUCAAAUCUUUAUGUAAAAUGUAAAAUUGAAA